GCCAGCCUUCUCCAAAGAAUAACCUCGACAUCCCCAAGUGACGCCAGCUUCUGCUAGUACCAUGGGGCCAGAGGGUGGUUUCUUAGGCAGUGGACAGAUCCACGUCAUCCUGUGGGGAAGUUUGGCAGCCAUGACAACACUCUUGUUCCUCACCUUCCUCAUCUUCCUCUGCUCCAGCUGCAAGAGGGAAAAGAAGGCCAAACAUCAGAAUGGAGAUCAUGAAAAUCUGAUGAAUGUGCCUUCUGACAAGGAGGUGUUCAGCCACUCCAUCACAAGUUCGGCUACAGAGCCCCCUCCGAGCAGCGACCACAACGGGGCACUCAGCAAUGGUGAGGUACUCUCAGAGGACAGUACAACUGCCUGUAUCCAGCCUUAUGAAGAAGUACAGACAUCUGUCUCUGAUCUGCUAGAUCAACAAGAUAGUCUUGGAAAGUCUAUAAAAUGUCACCAGAGCCGGGAGCUACCCAGUAUUCCCCCUAACACCACCAUGGAAACCAUCAUUUCAGCUAGAAAUGCCGAAAAUGAUCAAGGUCUUGGAAUGGAAGGGCCUUACGAAGUCUUGAAAGACAGCUCCUCUCAGGAGAACAUAGUUGAAGACUGCUUGUAUGAAACUGUGAAGGAAAUUAAAGAUGUUGGAGCAGUAGCCAGCAUGGAAGGGAGCUGUAACAGCAAAUCAAAGGCUUCACUGACAGUUUCUGAAGGUCAGAAUCAGAUUCCCGAGUGCAGAAUUGAAUCAGCAGAAUAUGCAUCUGUUGACCGAAAUAAAAAAAGUCGCCAAAGUGCUAAUUCAGAAAGCCCUCUUGACAACACACCAGAUGUAGAGGAUGAGCCUCCCCCUCCGGUACCCAUGAAACUUCUUGAUGAAAAUGAGAACGUGCAAGAAAAAGGAGUGGAAGAAGAAGUGACAGAAGGAGCAAGUAAACCAGAGAAGAGGCUUAGUUCGACAUCUUACAAGUCUCGAGAGGAAGAUCCAUCUCUUACAGAAGAUGAGAUCUCAGCCAUGUACUCGUCAGUGAGUAAACCGGGACAGGCCAUCAAGGCACUGGAUUCUCCUUACACCUGUAUUCAAGAAAUUGCAUCUCAGAGGUCCCCGUCUAUUUGCAGUGGCCUCUAUGCAAGUGUGAAGGACUUUGAAAACACCCUAAAUACUACCACUGUGCCUCCAUCAGCAGACAGACCAAACGGGGAGCUGGAGCCUGACUAUGAAGCUAUCCAGUCAGUGUGCCAAGAAGAAGACAGGACCUUGUCUGUGCCUAACACAAACCACACUGCUUUUGCAGGAGAGAAUGACUACGAGUGCAUAGGGGACUUGCAGCACCACAGGGAUUUCACCAGACUGUAAUUACUCCAGCAGGCAGAUUUCUCCACUGGUAUUUUCAAAUGGACAUGUGAAACACGGAGAGGGAAGUGCUU